AUGCAUCUUGAUUUGGCCCCUGUUAUAGCGGCAGCCUCUGUCGGCCUCGCGACCGCUGGCGCUGUCCCGCGUCGUGCCGAGUCUAUAAAGACAUGCGCCGAUGAGCUCUGGACAGGCGAGGUCCUGCACCUCUCGCUCAAUAUCAUUGAGCGUCCCAUCAUCGUCGACGUCGAGCUGCAGCACAACGCCGUCGUUACGGUUGACAAGACUAUCCUUAUUGAAUGUACCAAUGCCCCCGCUCGUUUGUAUACCACCGUUUACGCCACUACCACAUCCACCAUCACUAAGACCAUUUAUACCGCUACAAUCAUUAGCACCACGGGGCUUCCUGCCCAAACUCAAGCUCAGUCUACGACCGCCGACGUGGACACCACCCACAAUGGUGGCGUCCCAACGGAGGUCAACACGCGGUCUAUGACCUCUGUCAACCCUUCGUCCAGUAACUGCUUUCGGCACAUCCGGCGCCCACGCCGACGGCCCCGUCGCCGGUGGCUCUGCGGUCGCCACUUACACUUCCGGUCCCCUGUGACCAGCACGCUGUACGCCUCCGGCACAAACACAGCAGUCACAUACACCGCGGUCACCCCUUCAUCCACACCCAAAUCGUCGCACAAGUUCGGGGACUUCACUGACUGGACCACCUUCAAAGCCAACGGCGUCAACCUCGGCGGUUGGCUCGAGCAAGAAAAGGUCUUCAACCAGUACUGGUGGAACCAGUACGCUCCAGAAGCCGAAGAUGAAUGGACCUUCUGUGAGACCCUGGGCUCAGAAUGCGGGCCUGUCCUCGAAGAGCGAUAUGCGAACUUCGUCACCACAGCGGACAUCGACCGUCUCGCUGCCGUCGGCAUUAAGGUCCCUGGCUCGCAGCUUCACAGCGGAAACCAAAAGGAGUACCUGCGCAAGAUUGCCGUCUACGCGAUUGAGCGUUACAACAUGCGCAUCAUUGUCGGCCUACACUCCCUCCCAGGUGGCGUGGACAGCCUUGACAUUGGCGAGAACGUCGGCAACGACGGCUGGUUCUUUAACAGCAAAAACCUCGCUCACUCGUAUCAAGCCGUCGAAGAAAAUCUCUCUUUCUUCGUGCAAACCGGGUAUCCCUGGGCCUUCACCAUAUCCUCUCUCAAUGAAGCCUCCGAUAACCCGACGCAGUCCGCUCCCCCCAAGACGUUGACAGCAAACGGCACCGCGUGGAUUGUCAAAUACACGCAAGGAGUCCUCACCCGCAUUGCCGCCGUCGACAAGCGCUUCCCCCUCAUGCUACAGGACUGCUUCCUCUCCGAGGAGCACUGGUCUCCUUACUUCCCUCCCGGCACGAAUCUCGUCGUCGACCAGCAUGUAUACUACUUUGCCGCCCCGGGUGUGUACUCGCAAUGGGUGAGCGGGGCUAUCUGUGGACAGGCGUCGAUUCUCCCAGGCGGUGGCAAGUUCCCCGUCUUCGUGGGUGAGUGGGCGCUCCAAAAGCUCUACAGCAAUGCCUUCGAGAGGCGUCAAGAGCUUUUUGAGAUGCAGCGCUAUGCCUGGACCAAGUACGUGAGCGACGGCGCGUUUUGGAAUAUCAAGCACAACUCUAGUGCUGUUGUGGAUGGGCAGGUGACGCAGCGCGAUAACUGGUCUUAUGAACGCCUGCUCGAUGCAGGAGGGUUGCUGUUGUUGACACUGUUGAACAUCUCAAAAAAUGAAACACUCUUGGCUGCUACCCAGUAUGCUAGGCCCGUUCAAGAUGGAAUGCGCGACGUUUUCAUGACGAAGUGCUGA